AUGUCAUAUUAUAGAACUCUUGAAGUGUUAACACUUUGUGAUGCUAUUGAUAAAGUUCCUUCAAUACGGCAAACAUUAGAACAAGAAAACUCAGAAUCAAAUCUUAAGAGAACAAUAUCAUAUCCAUUAGAUUCUAAAAAAUGUAAAAUACCCAAAAUUGAAUCAAAUUUAAAACCACAACAUGAUUUAUUAGAAUUAGAUUCUAUAUUCACUGAUAAACCAAAAGCAACGUUGGUUAAACAUUUUAAUGAUGAUGCUAUAAGAAAUUCAAUGUUGACUUCUUCGGAAGCUGCUUUAACAAUUCAAAAAAAUGGUAUAUUAUAUGGUUUAAAUGUUCCAAUCCCAAAAGUACCAAUUUAUCAACAAAUUCAACCUCAUCAACAAGUUCAAAUUCCAAAAGUUCAAUCUUCAUUACAACAACCACAGGGAAUUCAAUCAACAACAUUACAACAACAAACAAAAUCUUUACAAUAUAAAAAAAAUUUACAAAAUCAACAUUUUCAAAAUUCUUCCUCAAGAUUAUCAUCAUUAUCAUCACCAAUCCCAUCUAAAUCAUCAAUUUCAACACCUAUUGCAACAAGAGCUUUUAAUUAUAAUUAUUCAAAUCAAGAUAUAACAAAUUUAAGAUUCCCUGAAUUAUCCCAAAAAUUAUCAUCAACAAUAUCAUCAACUCCAAUAUCUUCACCCCCACCUCAUUUACCUUAUACUGCAACUUCAACCAAUUCAAGUCGUAAUUCAAGUCGUCCAACAACUCCAGGUGGUAGAAGAAUCCCACAUAAUGCUGGUUUUACCACUGCAGAUGAUGGUUUAGAAGAAAUUUGUGAACAUUGUCAAAGAAUUUUUAGAGGUCCAAAAUCUUCAACUCAUAAACAACAACAUAUUAAAAGAAUUCAUCCGGAAGAUUAUGUUAGAAAGAAAGGUGGUAUUAAAAGUCAUCAAACUUCAUUUAUAAUUAAUUUGUAA